GAUGUUCAUUCUGAGCAACUGCCUCAUUGCACAGCUAUUGCAAAGCCAAAGACCAUUCCACCGGCAUGACCGUGUCACUCAAAGCAGUGCUGGAGCAAUGGGCAUUUUUGCGGGCUAAAGUCAUGUCAUCUGAGACAUUUAAUUGGGCCCGGGCCGCCACAGGGGGACAGCGGACGGCAUUCCUCCACCGGCUGCGCCCUGUUAUGUUGCUCUCCGCCGCGUGGCUGCAGUCCGUGGAUAACAUGUCCAUGCCCACGCAAACUUGAGCUGCUGGAGUCCCUCUGACUGACACCAGUGUAGUGGUGGACGCCUUUACUAUGUUGGAAAACUUCUGAAUACAAAAUAAUAUAGUUGGAGUCUCAAGAGGGAAGUGGAGGGCAACUAUUGGAGAGAUACUUGCAUAUCUGCUGAAUUUGCGCACGGGCGCAACGGCUGAGAGACGACCUGUGCUUUUUCUGAAGAGACCUCAGCAGUGAUCCGACGGGGAACUGACAGCAAUCACUAUUGAGGACGUACACUGCUACCUGAUUUUAAACUUUAUUAUACGAAAUUUCCUGGGUCGUCCUGGGUGCUAGUUCAGGGAUAAAUGAUCACCUCAACCAGAAGAGUGUCUCCUGAUAAAUCUGAAGUUAGAAUCGCCUUCAGCCUCGACAACACAUCAGAUGUAAAAGAUGUGGAGGACCUCCCUCAGACGUUCCCGGAUCUUGAACAGCGAUUACAGCCGGUGCCCCCCUGUGUGUCUCUGAGAGAGAGCGUUCAGGUGUAUAAGGAACACUGCAGGAUGGCGAGAGAGUUCCACCAGGUCAAACAUGAGAUCGCCGUGCUUGAGGACCGCAAGCGUAAGUUGCUGGCAGAGAUGAUGGAGGAUGAGAAGGUUGCAAUGGAGAUCGCCCGUCUGGAGGAGGAGUUUCUGCGUCUAACAGAGGAGAACCGCACCUUGGUGACUGUCCACAACGAGCGCACUCAGCAGCUGGAGAGUCUCUGCUUGAGCAAUCGAACGAGGCAGGACUCCUCGUGACCUCUGACCUCCGCAGAACCUGAGACCUCCAAACAUCCAGUGGAUGCCAGGCCAGGAAACCAACCAGAAAUAAAGGCUCAGCUAGUGCUCAUUCUACACAACAACAGACAGUGAAUCAGCUAAUUACACAGAGAGGCACCAUGUUUACUCAUGUCUGAGUCAUUUGUUUGAACAAAUGUUCUGGCGUACUGUCAUCACCAGUGUGAAGUUGUUACAGUGAUUCUACCAAGCUAUGACACAAGGCCACUUUUCUGGGUAUUGUUUUCUUAUUAUGUGGUCUUGCAGAACCUUCCUGGUCGCUAUUGCAAUACCUCACAGUAUAUUCAUACAAUGUCAGCUACUGUGAAUGUGACCAGAUAUUCUGAUAUCUGUCUCAGGUCCUGUGGAGACUCAGGUCUUUUACCUGAGGUCUGUGGAGGGAGCCAAAGGUGGUAUGAUGUGGUCCAAAUGUUGUAUUUCUCCCUUUCUUCCACCACCCCAACACUUGCCUGUCAAGUUCCUGUUAUGAUAAAAAGGAAAUUAGAUGAGUGUUUAUUACAGUGUCAGGGAUCGGGGGAAUUAGAGCCAUUUGUGAGGAACAGCAAAAGAAGAAGGGUGAAUAUCCAUUUCACAAGAAGUAUCUGCUGCGACACAACACUGUAAGAGUUGUACAUUUUUUGAUGUAGCGUGUCUCACCCACCUGUAGAAGGGAAGGUAUACAAUAAGAUAAUUUGUUGCUUAUCGUCCUCGUCUGUUAAUAAAAUGCAUUUUAUUUUAACACCAGCA